AUGGAGAAGGCUCUGUUCACCCAGGGUCCGGUGGUCGGUCCUCCGUGGCAGGGACAGGAGGUUGGCGUCGGAGGAACGGAGGGUGCACGAGGGACUGUGGUGAUGGAGCAGGUCGAAUCCUACUUUGGGGACAGCUCCUGCAAUUUACAAGCCUUCCAAGAUGUCUCCACCUUCCGCCUGUCACUACAGAUCAAGACGAGUCGGAGAAGUGGGCUGCUGUUACUGGCUGCAGGAAUGGAGGACUACUUGUUCCUUGAACUCCUAAAUGGGAAAAUACAGGCACGGAUGAAUUUAGGGGCUGGCGAGGUGACACUUUCCUCAAUCCAAGGACUACAGCUGAACAACCUUCUGGACCACAAAAUCUCACUCACACUGCAAGAUGGCAGUCUCAACAUGACAAUUGAUGAUCUCUUCCCGACAUAUGUUCCCGUGGAUGACGACGGCGAACAGCUUAAUAUUGACCAGGGUAUUUGGCUUGGAGGAACAGGAGACCUGGAUGCUCCCUACCUCAGCAAUGCCAUUCCCCCUUUUCGCGGCUGCAUGACUCAGGUCAAAUUUGAGUCCCACCAGUUUGAUAUCCUCAGUUCAGUGUUUAAACAAUGCCACGACACAAAGGAAUCCUGUAGCAGUGAGUUUGAGGCUGGUGAUGGGGAGGCAACAAGUUUCAGCACUCCUGACUCCUUUGUGUCCUUUCCCACCUGGAGCGGGGCUAGUGGUUCUCCAAGGGCCUUAGAAGUCCUCAUGAAAACCACCAUCGAGGAUGCAUUACUUGUUUUCCACCCUGGCCGAGAGUCGGACUUUAUAGCUAUUGGUGUUGUGAAAGGCUAUCUCAAAGGUAUGCUGGACCUCGGCGAUGGCUUGAAGGUACUGGAGAAUAACGAGGUGCAGCUAGAUGAUGAUCAGUGGCAUAGAAUUAAGGUCCAAGUCAGUCAGGAUUCUUUUGUCAUGAAUGUAGAUAGCCAGUCUUCCUCCCUCCCUCUUGACUCAUCACAAAAUUUGGACUUGGUUGGAAACUUGUAUUUAGGAGGCAUCCAAGGGAAAAUGAAGGAUGUCUUUCGUGAAAGCGGGUCUUUAAAUCACGUAGAGGAGGAAAUGACCGCCGAAUCAUUCAUUGGUUGUUUGGGGGAAAUCAAAGUAAAUCAGAAGGAUAGAAGCCUGCAGGAUGCUUUGGUGACUAAAGAUGUUCAUGUUAAAUGUGAAGGAGAGGACUAUGACUAUUCAAGUUACUAUGACACAGAUGCAACUACAACUUCUCCACCAGUUCGCAUCCGAUAUGUUGAUUUGGACAUCAAAGACCAGCAUUGCUACCCAACAGAUGACACGCCAGAGAUAUUCAAAAACGUAACAAAGCUUCUUGACGUCACCCCAUUGCUUGUGCCUGAAGGUGGGGAAGCUUUAAUUGAUAUCAACAACCUUUUCCCUACAUUCGACCUCAGUGCUGCAGGAAUGCGUCAGUCUCAGAUAAUCUUUACCCUCCAGAAUGAUCCCUGGUAUGGUUUGAUUGAUCUGAACACUAACACAAGACGCACACAGAAGUUCACUCUUCUCGAUGUUGUCAAUCAGAAAAUAAAGUACAUGCAUGAUGGAAAUGAAAGGCAUGAAGAUCAAAUCCAGCUGCAGGUGGUUGCUGAAAGUAACGGCUACCUUCCAGAAUGUUUAAAAACCCCUCAGGAGUAUGUCCUCCGAGUUGAAAUUCUUCCCGUCAAUGAUAUACCACAACUUGGUGGAGGAGAAAUCACAAUCACAGAAAAUGGCAGAACUCGUUUGAGUCCCAGCCUUAUCAAAAUCACGGAUUCUGACACCCGCUGUGAUGAAUUAGUAGUAAGCGUAACCUCAGAGCCUUCUGUGGAAAUGGGUUUCUUAGAAAAUGGUCAGCAGCCAGGAAGAAGCAUCUCAGAGUUCACUUGCAGGGAAUUGAAAGAUGGAAAUAUCUAUUUCGUACACAGAGGGGGUAGUGCUGCUGAAAUUACCUUGGAGGUGUCUGAUGGACAAUCAGUAAGCCAUUCAACUACCUUUAAGUUAUCUGUGACACAGCCACAUAUGACUAUUGUCACCAACACUGGCCUUCUCUUGUCACAAGGAAGCAACGCAUCCUUAGGUGUUCAAAAUCUUGCUGUCAUCGCUCAUCCUCGUAAUGGAGAUAUUAUGUAUAACAUCACAAAACCUUUGAUAUUUGGAGAACUACUGAUGAUGAUAAGUGAUGGAAUGUACAAGCAGGUUACAACUUUCCAUCAAUCCGAUCUGGAUCAAGAUCGCCUAAGAUACGUCAGCACAGACUCCAGCGACCAGGAAGAUAUUGUGAGCGAGCGGUUUCAGUUCGAUGUCCAUCUGGGGCAGUUCUCCCUCUGGAACAACACCUUCUUAGUCAAGAUCAUCCCAGCACAGGUGAAAGUUUCUAACAUGGUUCCACUGGAGAUGGAGUCCGAGCAAGAGCAAACAAUCGGACCCACAGAGCUUCAAGCCGAAGUAAAAGGGAAAAACCCAGAUCCUCAAACUGUGAAAUACAUCCUUGUCAAGUCUCCAACACUUGGUAGUCUGCAGUUGUCAGACAGAGAGUUGGCUGUGGGGGACGUCUUCACACAGAAGGACAUUUUGGACAGUACAGUUAGCUACAGAGUGCGUGUGCAAAGAGCUGUGGAUAGUACAGACCAGUUCCAGUUCAGAGUUCUUGCUGAUGAUCAGUACUCCCCUCUAUACACCUUCCCAAUUAACAUCCUCGGUACUGCAGAUGCUCCUGUUUUGACCAAUGAGAAGCUGGUUGUCUUGCAGGGUGGUGAGCACACUGUGAACAAAGACUAUCUUUGGAUGCAUUCUCCAGGUUCUACAGAUUUUGUGUACCGAGUCACACAGAAUCCAAAGUAUGGUCGAUUGAUAAGGGACUCCCCGGUUGGCAUGCCUAGAUUUGAGGGGGCAAUAAGAGUAUUUAGCAAUGAAGACCUCCAUUUUGAAAGGCUUAUUUACAAGCACGAUGGCUCCAAGACAAGCAGUGAUGAAUUCCAUUUUUCAGUAUUUGAUCAAGGAGUGGAAAAUUCCGACAAUGAAGAAACCGUGAGUGGGGUUUUCAGAAUAUCUAUCCAAUCCAAGAACGAGCAUGCUCCUGAGAGGGUUGUGGACAAAUUCCUCAAUAUAGUCCGCCACGGUCAGCGUCUGCUAACAACUGAUGUCAUCCAGUUUAAGGACGACGACUCAGGUUUCAAUGACACCCAAAUUGUCUACGCUCGUGAGGGGAUCCUCUCAGGCAACAUCGUCUCAACAUCUAAUCCCUCGCAGCCCCUUUUCCGUUUCACACAAGCCGACCUGCGAGAUAAGAACAUCCUCUUCAUUCACCAUGGAGCAGACCGGGAACGCUUCUCACUGCAGGUGUCAGAUGGCUUCCACAAGACCACUGCACUGCUUGAGAUCCAGGCAGGUGAGCCCUACCUGCGAGUAGUAAACAACACAAUGAUUGUCAUCGACCAUGGAAGCACCAAGACCCUUAACACUACCCUGUUGAGCGCUGACUCCAACAUGGACAUCAGAGACGACAGUGAGAUCAAGUUCCAGGUCACAUCGCCACCCGGCGACGGCAGGAUUAUUGUGAGUGGGAUUGAGGCUUCAGAGUUUACCCAGGAGGACCUGAAAAAAGGCGUCGUCUCAUAUGAGCAUAAUUAUGAGAGUCUGAGGUCCAAGGACUCCUUCAGCUUCGCCGUCCAAGCAAGAGGACAUUCGGAAGAGGGCAUAUUCAGGAUAAGAAUAUUCAAGCAAGGUUACCUCUCUGAGCCUGAGGUGAUAACCAAUGAAGUCAUCAUUUCCUAUGAGGGAGAGCACACCGUCAUCAACCAGGAUAAUCUCAAGGUGGAUCAAGCGGAUAUUCUUCCUACAGAAAUGGUGUUCACCAUUAAAGAGCCUCCUCGUCUCGGACAUGUGGUCAAGCUGACAAACAGCUCGGACGGCACAGCCUCGCCCGUCCUCGACUACAUUCACUCCUUCACCCAAGAGGACAUUGAUCAGGGACGCAUUCUCUAUGUGUCUGCAUCCAUCCAGGGCAAUGACGCCUUCACAGUUGAUGUCAGUAAUGGUUUUACUUCAGUGGAGGACCUGCACCUAUCUGUGAACAUCGUGCCCCAACUCAUCCCUGUCCAGACCUUCAACUUUACAGUGAAGGAAGGCCUCAGCAGGCAAAUAAACGCAGAGAUUAUUAACAUCUCGCAUCCCUUCUACAGCUUAGCAAACAUCGACUUUGUUGUGGAAGAGCCACCACAGCACGGGGACAUCCGUUACCUGGAUGGAGACGAACUUUCUUACUUUACAUGGGAAGAGAUGAAACUUGGACACAUCUACUACAUGCAUGACAGCACUGAGAGCACAGAGGACACUUUUACACUCGCUGCCUCGGCUUAUGAGAUUGAGCGCCGGAGCCUCCCUGUCACCAUCUCAGUGACUGUCAUACCAGUCAACGAUGAGCCGCCCAAACUGACACGUAACACGGGACUGGAGGUUCUGGCUGGUGAGGAAGCUGAUAUCACCUCCAGCAUGCUGAACACUGAGGACGCCGAUACACCCGCAGAGGAACUGGUUUACAACGUUGAGCUGCCAACCCAUGGGAUGGUGGCGUUGAAACAGGCGCCCGAGGAGGGACUCUUAAAUUUCACACAGGUCCACAUAAACAAAGGGGAGGUCAUCUUCAUUCACGAGGGUGAAGAGUCUGGCGGCUUCAGCUUCACGGUGACAGACGGAGAGCACACGUCUCCUCUCUACCAAUUUGUGGUCACAGCCAGGCCUCUCACCAUCACCAUGGUAACGCAGGCAGAGCUCAUGGUGUUUCCAGGAACAAGGCAGUCAAUAACAAGUGCCAAUCUGGGGGCUGUAACCAAUGAGGAUGGGAAUGAGAUAAGCUACUCUCUUGUCCGCCCACCUCGUUUGGGACGACUCAUCCUGGCCAAUGACAGGAACCAAUACGAAGAAAUUAGCCGCUUCUCACAAACACAGCUGGAGUCGGGAGCGGUCUACUAUGAGCACCAGAUACCUGAGGAGCCUUUUUGGGUGGUGAGGGACUCCAUUGAUCUCACUCUGUCAUCCCAACCAGCCCCAGACGUCCGUCACAUCCUGCCCAUCACUAUCUCUUACUAUUCUGCUCACAGCAACAUCUCCUCACAGCUGUGGAAAAACAAAGGUUUGGAUAUUGUACAAGGCCAAAGGAAAACCAUUGACGACUCAAUUAUUGACGCCUCCAACUUGUUGUCUAUCAUACCCGAAGAUAAGCGAGGUGAUGUGGAUGUGGUUUUUCAGAUUAAGCGUUUCCCCGACCACGGUCGUAUAACCUUGGGGGGUCAGGACCUGCCCCGUAAUGCCCCAUCCUUCAUGCAGGAAGAUGUAGCUCAAGGAAAGCUGGAGUAUCUCCAUGAUGACUCAGGGGCUUCCUUCGACAGCUUCUCUUUCAGAGCCCGUCUAAAGUCUGAGAGUGACAGUAUUGCCUCACCUGCGGAAUCUGUGGUCCUGGAGGAGAUAUUUAACAUCGCAAUCAAACGGCGGGGCUCUGACUCCCCUGAACUAGUCACUAUAGACAUGCUCUUGGAGGUUCUUCAAGGCUCAUUGACCGUUUUGACCCAGAAGCAUCUAAACACUCAAGACGAGGACAGUCCUCCAGAUGAGGUGCACUUCAAAGUGACCAAAGCCCCAAGCAACGGUCGACUGGUUGACUCACUCACAAUGGACCCCAUCUCUGAGUUCACACAGGAGAUGGUCAAUCGUGGGCAGGUGGGCUUCGUCAGCGAUGGCAGCCUUGCCGAAGGCUUUAUGGAAUUCAUCGUGUCAGAUGGAGAACACCAAACAGAGCCACACACGCUGCACGUCGGCAUCCUAGCUCGCACCCUGAUUCUUGACAAAGCCCCUGAGAUCAAGGUGAAGCAAGGCGAUGAUGAGACACUGGUGUCUGAGGAGAUGUUGAAGGCCACUACCGGGGGCCCUGUUGAGGAGGACAUCCUUUACAAGAUCACAAGUGUACCUAAGUAUGCAGCUGUCAUGGUAGACCGGCAGCCUACAUCCGCCUUCACCCAGAAACAGAUCAAAGAAGGCAGAGUCAGUGUCCGCUUUGUCAAGUCCACUUCACCUCGAGACAGCGUUGCUUUUGUAGCCCGUAGCAGGGCUGCUAAUGUCUCCUCUGUCCUCAACAUCACCGUCCAGCCUCUGGCCAACAUUGCCCAGGAUCCUCUUUUACCCCGAGGCGCACUUGUCCAACUGGACAGGAAGCUUUUGGAUGCAACUCCCCUGGCAAACAAGACCAGAACCUCCCCCACGUUCACUGUCAUCCAACAGCCCCAGGGGGCUCGUUUUGUGAGGUCUGGAGGUCCUGGUGCAGGUCAGCCAGUGGACACAUUCAGCCAAAAGGAGCUAGAUGAGGGCCGUGUUGCUAUGGAAAUCCUAAAUAGCGCUUCUGGAUCACAAGGUAGUGUCAGUCAGGACGAGGCCCGUUUCCUGCUCAAAGCCCAUGGGGUUCCUCCUGCAGAAUGUGUGCUAUCUUUCCAGACGGGCCCCUACAAUGCCUCUGGGGUCUACCCUGCCACUCUGUUGAGGAUUCCCUCAGAAGUCCCAUCAAAGGACAGUAAUGACCUCCCUGAUGUGGCUGGAUCCCCUCGUUCCACUCCACCUAGCCCCCGCUGGAAGGGCAACAUGGACUGGCCCAACGGAGAUGCCCCCACCACAAUAUCUUCUGGCUCUAGCUCCGAGGGUAAACCACAUGUUUCCCGGCAAAACAACUUCUGGUCAAUUCUCAUCCCCAUCCUGGUAAUCCUUCUCCUCUUGCUGCUGGCAGCCAUCUUGGCCUACUACCUGAUACGUAAGAACAAGACAGGCAAGCACGACGUCCAGACGGCAGCUUCCAAGCCCAAAAACGGAGAGGUGGCCACCAGCGCAGAAACCUUUCGCAAAACUGACCCAGCCAAUAAUAUCCCAAUGUCCAGCAUGGACUCCAAAGACGCAGACCCGGAGUUGUUGCAGCACUGUCGGACAACGAACCCGGCCUUAAAAAAGAACCAGUACUGGGUCUGAGACACUUUGAGAUAAGACACAGAGGGAGGUGGAUCCUUAAGUGUUUGGAAGUCUCCUCAAAUCAUUCCUCUCAGUAUUAAAGACCUCUUGCCACACCAGUUUGAAUGAAAAUUAUUUUUUGACACCAUUGGUUAUAUACUUAUCUCAACAUAACUGUGGGCAAAUUCUCAGGCAAUGAAACACUGAAUACUUAUUGGCAAAUAAAGAGGCAGUUUCUUAUCUAAGGAGGCUCAGGCCAUGUCUAUUUAUUGUAGUUGUAUCAUUCCUCUUUGUCAAAGGGCACAAAUGAAGACAUAAACAUGCCAUGUGUUUGCAAAAGUAUCUUGGGUGUGCUCUGUCAUUGUAUUCCAUAUGAUAUCAUAGGCCAAUAGUAUUGAAUUGAUAGAAGAUAGGUGAUUGAAAGUCUUUGUGAUGGUUUGAUUUUAGUUGAAGGUUCACCAGGAAAGUUGAUAAGCCUUGUACAUAGCUAAUGAGGUAAAUAUAUGCUGUAUUAUCGAGAAGAUGAAAAAACUGCCUCUUUGUGUUUGCUCUCUUUUAUUUCAAUGUGUUUGAGGUACCAUUGUAUUAUGUUUCUCAGGGCUAAAUUCAGUUUAAAGGAAUAGUACAACAUUUUAGAAAAUAUGUGAAUUCAGCUAUAUUAAAAGAUUGAGACCACUCUCAUAUGUGUCUGUUUAAACAUGAAGCUACAGCCAGGAGACGUUAGCUUAGCUAAAUCUAAUGACAAGGGGUUUCCAUCAUAAGAUAACAAAUAUCCACUUACUUCUUAUUUAACAUGUUAUAUCUCUGUUGUAUAAUCUGCACAAAAACAACAACAAGAAAAACAAAACAAAGAAGUUUUGGGGGGAUAACAUGCCAGACUAUUUCUUGGCUAGGCGCAGUGACUUCCUGAACCUAGCUAGCUUAAACAAGCUAGAUGUUUAGCCUGUUUGCAUCUUUAUGCUAUGCUAAGUUAACGUUCUCUUGGCUGUGGCUCUCUAUCGGACAGAUAUGAGAGUGGUAUCAACCUUCUCAUCUAGCUCUUAGUAAAAGAGCAAAUAAGCUUAUUUCCCAAAAUAUCAAACUAUUACUUUAAUGCUAUCACACAAUAUCGUUUUUAGGAGUUUUACUUUUGUCUGGAAAGAAGAUGGUUUAAUACUAAAAACUGUUUAAAAUUAAAAACUUGUUGCAACAACUUGCACAGGUUAGAUUGAAUUUAGCUCAGAGUUAUGUCAUCAUCUGUCACAUGUUAUUACUUCUGCAUGCUUCCGUAGUGCUUGUAAAUAUUCACUGGACUGGCACAGCACUGACCGCAAAACUACACGGUACACAAUUUGAAGACCGCAGGCAGGAGGUUAUUUUGGAAGCAUUGGUCUUAAACACAUCCGUAAUGGCUGACAGGCAGGGAUGAGGUCAUCUCAUACUGGGAUGUUUCCAGUUUCCAAGUCUGCAAUUAAGAAUUCAUAACAACUGGUUGGUGCUGGGAUGGGAUAAUGAAUACAUUGCUCCACUGUUUAGGUUACAUUGAUGAAGAAAAGGAAGACAUGGACAGAGUUUGUUUUUUAAGUCUUCACAGCUAUUUUUGAUUUUAAGCAUUCCAUAUGUGUAAGCUAGACUGUCGUAUAUUAAAAUCCUGAGAUUUCUUUUUUUUACUCUUUAGACUUAUUUUGUACGUUAAAGCUAAGAAGAGCAUUACUGUAAAUCAUACUGCUUUUGUUCCUCGUUAGACGUCUUUAUUGUCACUCUGACCUGUGACGGUUAUCUGUCUGUUGAAUGUUGAAUGAAGUACGUAACGUGAAGAAAAGUGUAUUGCGACUACGGUGAAGUGGAAAGUGUACGAUGAGAAAAUCAUAUAACUUCUUUUGAUCCACUAAAAGAAAAAAAAAGAUUCAACAUUUAUUUUUUGACUUUGCUGUACAUUUCUUUUCUCAUACUGUAUGCCGAUGACACCUUGUUCUUUGUUAGUCAUGUACUGAAUAUACAAUAAUUUUCUUUGCAGUAUUCAUCGUCUAUUGAUCUUCUAUUUUUGUAGUGUUAUGCAAAAUGUAGGUAGAGAUUUUACAGACAGCACAGAGCUCAGGAAGUGACGUGUGUUCAGGAGACUGUGUAUUUCCAGUGACAUCUCUUUACAGAUAGUUGAAAUAAAAGUAUUGGUUCCUACUUCAGAACAUCACAUCUUACCAGUUUUAUGUGUAAAUAUUUGGUUCUUAAGUAAGAUUUAUGGCUUGAUUAACGUCUCAAAAUAUAUAUUUAGUGUAUAUCAUGUUUUGCGUCGAAGUUAUAUGCACAUGUAACUACAUUUAAUUGGAUUGAUCAACUACAAAUUACACCUGUGUCUCUGUGUGCGCGUGUGUGUGCGUGUGUGCGCGUGUGUGUGCGCGUGUGUGUGCGCGUGUGUGUGUGUGUGUGUGUGUGUGUGUGUGCCCAUCACUCCACUCUGUCACUCUUUUGUUUGUCUUCCUUACAGAAAGGCUGAGAUCAUGGCAGAGUUUCAUCACCACCCCUUAUGUUUCAUUAUUUAUUAUUUCUGUCCAUCCCUAUACAUCUAUUCAUACUCAAGUUAUGUGCUUUGUCAGAGAUUAAACUGUAAUCUGUAAACUGCAGGUACCUUUAAAAAUAAUAAUAAUUCAAAGCAAUGUUUAGAUUCUUGAACAAGAGAAAUGUCUAUUGCUGCAGAAUGCCUCGGAGCUUGUUCUCGGCACUAAUUGAAAUAAAAACGUUCAUGCAACAAAACCCGCGUUAAUUGUUUUCAAUCAGUGACUUUCUUGUUCUAAUCA